AUGAUCUUUGAUCAGGUGGUGAGAAUAUUACUGGAAGAUAGUAAAAUCGAUGUAAAUGCGAAGGAUUCAAGGGGUUCGACUGCUCUAGAUAUCUCAUUUGAAAAUAUAUCAAAUCCACUCUACAUAAAAGUCAGGGAAAGACUACUUGCAGCUGGAGCUUUAAGAGCUACGUCCCUUCCCAAAGUCUCCAGCUCCAUGGAUCACUUGAGGUCUAAGGUGGCAUUGACAGAACAAAUUGCCAUAAUUUUGAUACGUUUAAAAAACGACACGAAGACAGAAUCAGUACGCAAUCUGGUACUAGUGGUUUGUGGAACGGUUGCAACAUUCACAUUCCAAGCUGCACUAAGUCCCCCAGGAGGAGUUUGGCAGGACGGCAACAACAACAACAAAAUUAACAAUCAUCGCCCUGGGACAGUGAUUAUGAGGACUCCAAAUUUCUUCGCUCUAUAUGUUUGCAACAGCGUCACAUUUUAUAUUACAAUCAUGAUUAUGGCUCUUCUACUCCCCAAUGGGAAUAUUGGUAAGCUGCUGAGAGGGCUUCUCUUUCUCUUUCUUUUGUGCUAUACACUUAGUUUGGGAGUCAUAUGGCCCUACUUUACAGGUGAACCAAUUUUCAUCCCUACUCUUGUUAUGCUACUUUUCUAUGUGCUAGGUAUUUUUGGGUUUUUAGUCCUGCACAAUUGGGAAGUUCAAUUUAUGAAAAAGAUUGUACAUAGUCAGUGA